CGGCCCGGUGGGCAGCGCUGCCACCCCGGGUGAUGCAGCUACAGCGGUGACAGCCUAGCUGAUGCCGCCACGCCGGGUGACACCAUCACGCCGGGUGACACCAUCACACCGGGUGACACCGCCGGGGUGGCACGGCAGAGGAAAGGGCGAAGCGAGCGCCCGCGGCUGCCUGGCCGUGCUCCAGCCCCGUAGUAGCAGCCGGCACCUGCCUCACCCCGGCGCUCCGGCAUCCAAAGGAGGUUCCUCACACCCAUCCCGAAGGCGCCGCCGCCUGUGCCGUGCAGAUGACAGCCCCGCCACGCGUCCUCGUCACCGCGGGGCCCACGGCCUGGGGAUCCCGGCCGGGCUGAGCAAAACCCAUCGCCUCCAGGAGAUGCCGGGGCCACCGCGGAGCCACCAAGAUGCAACUUUCUGCUGCAUCGAAGCCUCUCUGCCUUCAUUAUGUAACGCCGCUGCUGCCUGGCACGGUGCUCGCCUCCACGUCCUGCACAACUUCAGUGCAAUGUGGAAUUGAUUUCCACUCUUCUGGACUGGCUCUGUUGUUUGUUAUCAGCUGACGAGCCUUUUCUUGGAUUUCGGGCCGGGGGUGCAGGCCCACAGUGCUCCGCACAGCCAGGCUGGAAGGGUGACGGCACUGACCGGGCCAGCAGCAGGUCCCAGCCGCACAGUGUCCAUCAGGCGCGGUGCCGGUGUUUGGGCCCUGCUCUGCUGCUGCCGGCACAACGCCAGUGGAAGAGCCUCCCUCCAGUGCUGCCUUUCAGGAUGAUGGCCCCAGGAGCACCAGUGGGGACCCUCCAGGCACGUCUCUGCUGACCCGCUACACUGGGACCCCCGGGCAGCCUGGCCACCCACCUCCCCUGGAGCUGCUGGCUGCUGCUGCCAAUGCAGAGCUCCUGGGCGUGCAGGGGAGAGCCACAGCUCCGCUUCCCCAUGGCAGCCCUUUCCCCCAGCGCCCUGGCCCAGCUGCAUGGUGUGGGUGCCUCUGAGGACCACAAGGACUGACUGCUGGGCCCCCCUGCGUGCACCCAUCACCCGCUGCACCACCAUGUCUUUGGAGUGGCUGGUGGACUGGAGCUGGUCUCUGGACGGACUCCGGGAUUUCAUCGCCACUGGCAUCCAGUCUUUCCGGGACUGUGAUGCCACUGCCCUCGCUGCUGUUGCCUGCCUCCUCGUCCUCUUUGUGUGGUACUGCUACCACGUGGGGCGGGAGCAGCCCCGCGCCUAUGCCACCGUCAACGCCCUGAUGCAGAGCGCUGAGGUCAAUGGUGUGCAGAAUGGGUUUGUCUACUGCCACUCGCCUGAGUGCGUGCGCUGCACGCACCAUGACGGGCUCAACCAGAAACUCUACCACAACCUGCAGGAGUACGCCAAGCGCUACUCCUGGUCUGGCAUGGGCAGGAUCCACAAAGGCAUCCGCGAGCAGGGCCGCUACCUCAACAGCCGGCCAUCCAUCCAGAAACCAGAAGUCUUCUUCUUGCCAGACUUGCCAACCAUGCCCUAUUUCUCCCGGGACGCUCAAAAGCAUGACGUGGAGUUGUUGGAGCGCAACUUCCAGACCAUUCUGUGUGAGUUUGAGACCCUCUACAAAGCUUUCUCAAACUGCAGCCUCCCGCAAGGAUGGAAAAUGAACAGCACGCCCAGUGGGGAGUGGUUCACCUUCUACCUGGUGAACCAGGGCAUGUGUGUGCCCAGGAACUGCAGGAGAUGCCCACGGACGUACCGCUUACUCGGGAGCCUUCGCACCUGCAUUGGCAACAACGUCUUUGGGAACGCGUGCAUCUCUGUGCUGAGCCCGGGCACCGUCAUCGCCGAGCACUACGGGCCCACCAACAUCCGCAUCCGCUGCCAUCUAGGUCUGAAGACACCCAGCAAUUGCGAGCUGGUGGUGGGGGGCGAGCCUCAGUGCUGGGCUGAGGGCCGCUGCCUGCUCUUCGAUGACUCCUUCCUGCACACGGCGUUCCAUGAAGGUCCCCCGGAGGAGGGUCCCCGCGUGGUCUUCAUGGUGGACCUGUGGCACCCCAACGUCGCCGCUGCAGAGCGCCAAGCCCUUGACUUCAUCUUUGCCCCAGGACGAUGACGGCGCUGCCUGGUGUUGUGGGAUCGAGGGCAGCCGGCGGGCGGGCGGCCGUGCCAGCUCAGCUCUGCUACGGGUCCAGCACCGCACAUGGACACCUGCGGCACAGGAAGCCUCCUUCCAGCACGUGGCCUCGGGGUCCUCCAUCCCCAGGGGCUCUUGUAAAUGGAAACUGCAACGUGUAUCAACGCCCAUCUCUCUCCUCUCAUCGUUGGCUUCAGGGAUUAUUUUCCAACAUGACAGCGCAUUGCCUUCCUUCCGUGGUUAGCUGCAGCACCACUCUCGUACGUGUUAUGUUGCUACUGUGUUUUGCGGUGUUCAGAAGUAGAGUAACAAAACCAAGGGUGUUUGUUUGAAUGUAAUAAUGUAAAACUUCUUGUGGUCAUCAAAAGAACAACACACACACACACACA